AUGCAAAAUCUAUCAACAGGCCACAACAAAGCGGCAAAGCUGACCGGAACAGAAAUGGCGCAGUGGUUAUUACUGCUUCUUCAGCUUGUUGAAAUUAUUAAUAUGUCUGCUGCUACUGAAUGCCAGGAUAUAGCGGAAAAUGCUGGCGGUAAACCGAUCUACUUGCAAGCUAAUUAUGCGGCAAAGCAUUCGCCCGGUUCGAUUGCAUUCAUGGUGUGUAAUUUUGGAUAUCUUAACUCGUUUCCGCUUUCUGUUGUCUGUCAAACAAGUGGUAAAUGGAGUGACAAACUUGGUGAGUGCUCACUGAUCGGCGAUCAAAAGAGAAUUAGCUGCAAAGCUCAGGAUGUUCCCUCCGAUCAAGCGGAAGUCUCCACCGAAUAUCCAUCCGGAACGUUGGCUGCGCUGCGCUGCGAUCUUGGUGCAGUACCCACUGGAGCUAUUUCUGCAUUGUGUUUUAACGGCAAGUGGAGCGCAACACUGGGCACGUGCAAGAAACUGUAUGGUGAGACCGCCACCUCAGGUCCGAAACCCGUCCUUGUAACUGGAUCUGGGAAAAACGAGUCCAAAGCAGAACAAGCAAGCGAAGUUGUAUCAACAUCUGGUGUUUUGUCUGGAGCGACGCAACUAGGUGUAACUGCGGAUUCUUCGUUCGGCGCUGCCUCAUUAACUCAGAUUCCAACAGUAUCCGUACUUACUGCAGUAACUGAACCGAUUAGUAAAGCAACUAGUCUGGUAGAAAGUGCGAAUCGUGUAACAGAAGCUGCAAACUCAGAAACAGAAUCGAUUGCAGCUGCUGCAGCUGCAAAAGUUGAUGCUGCUGUUUCUGAAGCCAAAAAUAUCGUAAAUGCUGUAGCAGCUACUGCACAGUCUGCAGCUAAUGAGAUCACUGUUUUUGCUGAAAACGCUGUCAAUGAACUCAAUGCUACUGCUGCAGGAACUGUAGCGAGCCAGUCUGCAGAAGUAAUAAAAGCUGCAGCGGAUACGGUUUCGAAUGCAUCCGUUGCGUCUGUCACAGCUAUUACCGAAGAACCCAAAGUGGCUGAUGAAGGAGCAACCUUGAAAGAAAUAGCAACGGAUAUGGUGCUAGCAGGGCUCUCGAACGCUACUGAAGCGACUGCUGCUGAAAUGACUCCAAAAGGCGGUAUCUCCGAAGGAGCAGAUGUGAUACUGGGGGCACUGGGCGUUGCUGGAGUGAAUGCAUACUCUAAAGUGACUUCAGGCUCCAUAUCUGGUCUUGGAAACGAGGUGGACAGAACUCCAGCUUUGCAGGUGACAGCAGCAUUAUCAUCGACUGCGCAGAAAUCAGCACCAACAACAACCUCAGCCACCACCCGAUGA